CCCCCUUCCCUUCCUCCCUGCGCCUUCCCUUCCCCCGUUUUGUUUUGUGCGGCGACUCCGGGAGCGUGACGGAGGAGGCGCUCAGAGCAGCGCUUAUGCAACCGGCUGACCUACUAACACACAUUCGCCGGGCGAAGGAAGGAGGGCGGCGGCGACGGCGGCGGAGCUGGGCGAGGAGGCAGGCGCUUGGCGGGGCGAGAGGAGCGCGACGGAUCCCUGGACGCGGCCGCUUCUUUCCAAAGAGGCGUUUCACUCCCUUCUGGGCCUGACGCAGCGGUUGCCACUGGCUCCUUCAUUUCCCACUGCGCCUGCCAGCCAGUAACAUCUCUGCUCUUGCCGUCGGCCGGUGUCUGGAUUCAAAGCCCCGCAGGUCUUCCAGGGAAUGGAAGGUCAUCUUCUGGAUAGCAAAGAGUGACCAGAAAGUCUUUGAUUGCCUGAGCCAAAAGAAUUCCUGCUCCUCUGGGUGUCCUGGAAGAUGCUCUCCUUCUGCUGGACAGUUCCCUUUGCACCUGUGGGAACACGGAGGAGCCCGUUUGACUGUUGCAGCUGGAGGACAGCUCAAGGCUAUAUUGUAAGUAGCACCUCUGGCAGUACAGUUUGACAACAGCGUUGGGCGGAGAGUUUGGCAAGAAGUACCCUUUCCAGCUUCAGCAGCAAUUGGAGGGUAAACCUCCAAAGGGCAGGCAGGCAACAAGCACCUGAACGUUUGUGCCGAGGGAUCGCCAGACCUCCGCCGGCGACGCCAUGGAGAGUCUCAACUCGCCCACGCUGUGUUCGGCAGGGAGCUUCCCUGGAUUCCACCAGGACGGCAUGAUGCAGCGAGCCCGGGCGCUGAAGGGCAAGCCGAGUGCCAACUGCCGCCGGAAGCGGGAAUUUAUCUCUGACGAGAAGAAGGACGCCAGCUACUGGGAAAAGCGCCGGAAGAACAACGAGGCCGCCAAACGCUCGCGGGAGAAGCGCCGUUUCAAUGACUUGGUCCUCGAGAACAGGGUGAUGGCUUUGAACGAGGAGAACGUGCGGCUCAAGACGGAGCUUCUGCAGCUCAAGCUGCGCUUCGGCCUCAUCAGCACGGCGGCCUUCAUGGAGAAGAGCCAGCAGCUGAGCGCCGCCAGCGCCAACGCCAUGGCCCACUUCUACGAGAGCAGCGACGGCAGCAUGUACUCUGGCAGCUCUUUGUCCCGGGCGCAUCACUCAGAGGACUCCUCCGAGACGGAGCAGUCGAGUCGGGACAGCGGCAGUGUGUCCGCGGCCAAGUAUUCGUCCCGGGGCUCCCUCUCGGACAUGUCGGACGGCUCGUCUCGGGACAGCCCCAUGCCGCAGACGCUCGGGGAAGCCCAGGCGGUCAGCCGAGCCUACGGCGAGGCUCCCCCGCAGCACCACCCAGAGCCCAAAACCCCGGUUCCUCGCGGGGUCAUCCUCUUCAGCGCCAAUGGCUUUACCGCAGUGGCAGCCCCCCAGCCUUUGUUUCCUGAGCGGGAAGAGCGGGUAGGAGGACACGGUGUGGCUGAGGCUCCCAAAAGCCCCUGCAUGGAGCAGGAAGGCCACAGCCAGCGGGAGGAGCUGCUCCCCAACCCAGGGUACUGCACAAAGCCCCCGAGCUACAGCACGCCCAGUGGUUAUUUGGAGGGGGAUCUGCCCCGAGUGGAGCACAUGAGGAAGGCUCAGGAGCCCCAAUCCCCCUUUGAAGGCUACAGCAGUGAGGAGAGCGGGGAAGAGCGCAGCUGGGGCGGCUCGCCUGUUCCCUAUCCAGGGCCACUGGAUGCCCACCCUGAUGUCCGGACAGCAGCUCUCCCUCACAAGCUUCGCCUCAAGUGCAGGGCCCAUAGCAGCGGCGUUCAAGAGCUGUUCCCUAGUUCUAGCACUGUCCCAGCCGGCUGCUGUCAGGAUGCUCCUGUGGCACCGGACUGGGUCGGCGACCGGCCUGAGGAGAUGUCGGUCUUGGUGCGGCAAGCGCUGCUCCUCAACGAGCAGCCGGCCACAGGGGGCGCCCUGGAGAGACUUCUGUGCCGUGGCUCCGGCGUCCAUUCGGACAACUCAGUGCCCAAGGACCAUGUCAGACAGUGGGAGGAAGGUUGCCAUGACGAUGGCCCUCGGGCCACUUGAAAGAGGCUCGGGUGUGGGUAAAAAAAUGGUGGGCUUUUGUUUUUUAAACUGAUCUGGGGUUUUGUAUACGAGAGAAAUUCUGCAAGGCAGGAUCAGCCUUGGAUUUGGGGAGCGGAAGCGGGCCUUCGUCCACUCAGACCCCAGGGCCACAGGAUCGAGCAGAGUGGCAAUCAUGAGACAUGAAGGGAUCGUGACCUGGCUGGACUUGAAAGGGGUCUCAUGAAAAGGCGGGCUGUGGAGCUACUGAGACCUGGAAGUUGGUGGCCUCCCUGCUUGGACAGGCCAGGGAUUCAGCACGUGGAGGGGAACCUGUCUCUAAGCUCUGCUGGCUUUCCAGUCAGUCACUGCAAGGAUAUUGUUACUUGAGCUGAUUUUGGGGCAUCGAGAUCCACGGAGAAGUUGGCAUCUAAUCCACCCUUUGCUGGUGCCGAGGCUCCUGGGUAGCUUCAACUGGCACAGCUGGUGGUUUGCCAGGGACUGCAUCAUCUUCUGAGUCAGAAACUGCUUGGUUGGACAGAAAUAUUUGUGAUUUUAAAUACUAAAAUAAAUGUGCAGAAAAUUUCAAGAAA